GGAAAGAAGUGUAUAAAGAAGAAGAGAAAAAUAAUUUAUAGUGAAGGACUGAUAGUGUGUGACGUUGGUUGAAUUUGUUUUAAACUAUUGUAGUUUAUUAUCAAUAACUAUAUUUAUGACGGAAAAUGUAUUGCAAAACGGCAUGGAGCCUUUUCAGAAUCCUGAUUGCAUUCCUUUGGAAGACUUGAUAUUAACAAUUAAAACUGGUGGUAUUCCAUAUUUAGUUCCUGCUUUAGAUGAAAAAUGGGUUGAAGAACGAUACUUUUUGCAUUAUGAAAUUCCAAAUAUUUAUGACAGUAAUGGGAGUGAAAUUUUGGGUGCUAAAGAACAUUGGAUUGAAAUAAUGGGUUAUAUGAUUGAUGAUUUAAAAUGGGUUCUCACUAUUCCAUUUUACAGGUUUUGGUCAAAUGUUGUAUUUAAUAGUUCAAUAUUAGAUGCAUUGGUAUCUUUCUUACAAGAAGCUCCACCAUAUUAUGCUUUGGAAAGUUUUCCUAAUGAUACUGAAAUGCAAAAUACUUUAGAAACAUUACGUCAUUAUGUACUUUUGAUUUUCACUCGUCUCGUUACAAAUAAGGAAAGUCCUACGGAAUAUAUGACAAUUUCAUAUCUUGGAAAAUUGUUGUACGAUCAUUUUAUAUUUACUGUACCUAUUAUUUAUGAUUUGUGCCAAUUAUAUGGUCGUGAAAAUGAAAAAACAGUAUCAAAAAUUUUAAAUAGUUUGUUCACUCUUCAAUCAUUGUACAAUGAUGAUAUUCAAAGAUCUGUUCCUUAUCUUGUUGAGGCUUUGAAUAAUGUAGAAAGAAAAUUUCAAGAACGACCUAGUUAUUCGUUGGAUGAAGCUUUACCACUUUUAAACGAAUCACCAAUAGAACCACCAACCAAAAUUACUUUGUUCUCGUUGGAGGAUAUGAUAUUAUAUGUUUUAGAUAUAUCAUCUACGAUUACUAUAUUUUUACAAAAUUAUCCAUUGGCAAUUAAAAAAUAUCGUCAUGACAAAUUCAUAAAUGAGAUAGUUUCUAUAUAUGAGAAUACAAUACCUGAGAUGUAUAAAAAAUUGAAUGAAUUAGCAUACAACGAAGAAAAUUUAACUAAAUUUAUAGAACUAAGGCAUCGUUUAGAUGUCACUAGAAUAGAAUUAUUACAUCUUUAUCGAACCCUAGUGCAUGAGCCUGUGGACAAUAUACAUCAGAAACUUGAUACAUUAACAGAAGAUGAAAUAAAGGAUCGAGUUGAUGAUUAUUUAAAUUUAUUAAGUAACGCAAUAUCGGAAAAAGAAUUUAUCACAGAUUAUCAUCAAUUUUAUCCAGUUGGUUUGGACUUGGAAGAAUUGUCAAAAAUAUGCCCUGAAUUAGAUACCAUAAAACGUAAUUAUAUAUUGCAAGCAGUUUAUGCUGCUAUAGGGGAUUCCCAAAUUUCAUUUAUUUUAUCUUCUAAUGAUAAACAAGAACCUGUAGCAGGGCCUAGUAAUAUAGAAAUGAAUCAACCAUCAACAUCUAAGAAUAUUUCAACAGAGAAUGCAAUAUCCAAACCUGCCCGAAGAUCAUCCAUUGAAAUAGCUUCUCUUAUCAGUGAAGUGAAAGAUAUUUUAAACGAUUUAGGAGAAGGUUUUAUUCAGAUGUGUUUGAAACAUUAUAACUAUGAUACUGCAGCUGUGAUAAAUGCUGUUUUAGAACAAACUUUACCAUCGCAUUUAAGCGAAUUAGAUUUUUUCUUACCGUACAUUCCACCAGAUACUGAAGAAGAACAACCUCCUGCAGCACCACCAACCGUAGAAAUAAAUCACGAUAUUCUUUCGGAUAGGCUUAACAUAUUUGAUAAUGAUGAGUUUGAUAUCAUGAAUAGAGAUGAUAUCGAUAUGUCGAGAAUUCAUAAAGGCAAAAGGAAAGAUAAAUACAGGAAUAUGAAUGAAUUAUUAAACGAUAAAUCAGAAAUUAGAAAAGUUUCUGACAUAUAUAGUAAAUACAGUAUGGUUGCUGAUAAUUAUGAUGAUGAGUAUGACGAUACUUAUGAUAGUCAUGAUGUAAGAGGUACAACGCAAGAUGACAUAGCAGAAUCUAGAGCUUUUACUACUCCUAGGGUGUUGUUUGCGAAAAAUAAAAAUAUAACAGAGUCCGAAGAUGAGAGUGAAACUGACAGUGAAAAUGAGAAUAAUUCUAAUGGAGUUAUUAAUAAAGAUAAUUUUGUACAAAAUCCAGCAGAAUUACGUGCUAAAGCUGAACAACGAAGACAAGCUGCUGCUGCUGCUGGACGAGGCAAGAGACCAUCAAACGAUGUUGUUGGCAAACCUAAGGGCCAAGGGCAAAAUAAAGAAGUUACUAUUAACAGAGAUAAGAAAAAUGCUCAUAAAGCUACACGGGCUAAUCAUAAUCGUCGAGCUGGUGCCCAAUGGAAACAAAGACACGGAAUGAUACAUUCGUGAAAUUAUUAAUUAAAAAAAAAGAUAAAGAACAAUUUAUCCAUAUAUUUCCAACAAUGUAAAUACUGCCAAAAAGAAAAAAAAAACGAUUUUAAGCGCAAAAACUUUCGUAUACAAUUAUUUAACUAUAAAUGAUUUAAUUUUGUUAACAUACAAUUCCGUGACAAACAUUUGUCCUAUGUUGUGUUGUAAACCUUAGAUGAGAGAACAAUUCAUUUGGUUGUAAUAUAGUUUACGAAAAAUGCCUAAUCUAUUUAGGCAUCAAUCGUUUUAUUAUCCAUCAUCCUUCCCCCAAAGCCUUAAGAGAAUUAUUUUAUGGAUAAAGAUGAUAAUGGAAUUGUUAAAAAUACAUUUUGUAUGAUUAUUAUA